GAGGAGAAGUUAGAAAACAAAAACAUCAACAAAGCAAACUGAAAGAAAUUUAAAAUACUUAAUCAGUGAGUAAAAUUGCUUUUAACUGUUACAAUUUUGGAAAAUUUUUGAACAAUAACAUUUAUCUCAAAAAUGUUAUCUGUAACCAGAGAAAAAAGAGCCAAUGCUGGCAGUCGUAUGGCCACGUUAUUGCAGAAUGAAGAAUCAGAUGAUUUUUAUUCAAGUGCUUAUGGUGGUUUUGAGGACGAAGCUGAUGAUGCAGAAUAUUCAGAAGAAGAUGAGGAGAGUGAGGGGACAGAUUCAGAUAUUUCAAUUGAUGAAAAUGAUGAACCAGUUUCUGAUCACGAAGAGGAGGAAAACAAGAAACGAAAACGAAGAGUCGUGACUAAAGCUUACAAGGAGCCCAAAAAGGAAAAGGCUGAAAAAGCAGUAAAAAAACCUAUUUCUAGACCAUCAACAAGUGCACCAGCUGUCACUGUGGCAAAUAUUGAGAAGAAAAGGAUGAGAGAAUCAACUACUCAGAAAUCACUGCAAGUAAAGCAAAGAACUCAAGCCAAGGAAAACCUCAAAAAUCAGGAACAGAAGAAAAAGCCGUUAGAAAAACAUCAUCUGACUCAGGAACAGCUUCUUGAAGAAGCAAAAAUUACUGAAAUGAAAAAUCUGAAAUCUUUAGAGAUGUUUCAGCGUUUGGAACUUGAGAAAAAAAAGUCGAAAGUUGUAAAACGUGCUUUUACUGGACCAGCCAUACGAUUUCAUUCAGUUACAAUGCCCCUAAUUGAAGAAGUGGAAACUGAAAAUGGGCGGAAAGAAACUAAAACUGUUGGGAAAUGUUCUAGAAAUUUUAUUACAUUUACUGAGGAAAGUACGAUGAAAGAAAUUUUCAAUUUUGAAAAGCCCAAGCCAGUUACUAAGAGUACAUGUAUAGUAACUAGACUUCCUGCCAGGUACUUUGAUCCUUUGACCAAACAACCAUCUGCAAAUCUUGGGGCAUUCCGUGUCAUUAGAGAGGCUUAUUACUCGCAGCUUGAAAAAAAAGUGGAUCCACGACAGCCCCACAUUGCAAAGUGGCUGGAAUGGAGGAAAAAAAUGAAAGCUGCAAAACAAACUUUAAAGACCAUCAAAGCUCCUCAACAUUAGUGCUGUUUUUACUUUUUGAUAUUGGCUGUAAAUAAUUGUAAAUAUUUCACUUUAAAUAAAGAAU